AUGCAUUAUAGCACGGGAUCAAGUUUUUAUCCAUCUGUCUUCCACAACGCGUUUACAGAAGAACACAAUUUUCCAUUGGGCAAGCAAUGUGACGUACAGGAAGCGUUCACAAGGCUGUGUUCCAACACAAAGGAAACGGCCAUCGGCGAUGCAUUCAACAUUGGCACUCAAACCAGGAAAACAUGCAUGUCCUGUGGUAAUUUCGAAGAUAGCAUGCCCGAAACACAAACUUCAUUAAUUGUAUCUCCACGCAACGGCAUAGAUGAUUUAGAAAAUGCUAUUAGAAAUUGCUUGGAGGACACAAUAAGUUCUGGUUGUGGAUUAGAUGAGUUUGAAAAAGGUGAUGAAACAGGGAAUUGUAAUGAGACGUUCGAGGAAAAGGCUAAUGUUCAGCGAGAAAAUGAGUCACCUAAUUAUAAAUAUGAUGUACCAGGAAAACAAAGUAAUGAAGUACGCUGGAAGGAAAUUCAACAACUUUACGACGUUCUCAAUAAGAAUAAAACAAUUUGUUUAAACGCAACUCAUGGGUACGAACUGAAAGGGGAAGACUUCAAGACUCUAGAGCAACCACUAUUAAACCAGACUUAUUCAGUAAAACAUACUGGGUGGUUGAAUGAUAAGAUAAUAAAUGCUUACACUCAUUUGAUUGUCAAUGCUGCGCGUGAGAAUGGAAACCGUGUACUCGCAUUCGACACACUUUUCUAUUCCAGGCUUCGUCAUUGCGUGGUACAACGCGCUGACGAAAAGAAGUUAGUAAGAAUGAUGUUUGAAAAGAAAAGUGAUUACAAACUCGAAACCUACGACUACGUCAUUAUUCCAAUAAACGAAAACGAAUGUGGUCAUUGGACUGUGAUGAUCAUUGAUAUUUGGAAGACCUCUAUCCCUACGACCCAUUGA